AUGGCACCUUAUGAGGCACUGUACGGUCAUAAGUGUCGCACUCUUUUAUGUUGGACUGAGUUGGGCGAGCGAUGCUUUCUGGAUCCUGAGUUGGUCUCUAAGAUAAAGGAUAAGAGGCAUGAGAUUGAGUAUUCUGUGGGGUACUUCCUUUUUCUCAAAGUCUCACCAUGGAAGAAGGAACUCAGGUUUGGUCGUAAGGGCAAGUUGAGCCCUAGGUUUAUUGGACCUUACCGUAUUCUGAAGCGAGUGGGACCAGUUGCUUAUCAGUUGCAGCUACCUCCGGUGUUGGAUCGUAUCUAUGAUGUGUUCCAUGUCUCUAUGUUAAGGCAUUACCGCUCUGAUCCUACUCAUAUUGUCCCUGUUCAGGAGAUUGAGGUUAGGCCAGACUUCACCUUUAAGGAGGAGCCUGUCCAGAUUCUGGAUCGUGACGUAAAGGUUUUGAGGAGGAAGUCUAUUCCUUCGGUGAAGGUUCUGCGGCGUAAUCAUAGCACUGAGGAGGCAACGUGGGAGCUUGAGGAUGCGAUGCGUCAGCAGUAUCCUUAUUUGUUCUGA